AAAAAUGAACUCUCCACUAGCGAAGGUUAACUACUCUCUAGGUUUAUCGUACUACCUACUAGCGAAGGUCACUUUUACUCUCCACUAGCGAAGGUUAAUCGUACUGUCCACUAGCGAAGGUCAAUCGUACUCUCCACUAGCCAAGGGUACUGUCCACUAGCGAAGGUCAAUCGUACUAGCGAAGGUCAACUCUCUACUAGCGAAGGUCAACUCCCUACUAGCGAAGGUCAACUCCCUACUAGCGAUGGUCAACUCUCUACUAGCGAAAGUCAAUCGUACUGUCCACUAGCUCGUACUGUCCACUAGCGAAGGUCAAUCGUACUCUUGUGAACUCUCUGGGCUUAGCAUGGCACAGAGCGUGGGCUUUCAACAGGCAACAAAGCCACAUACGGUGGAGUAGACAGUACGAUUGACCUUCGCUCGCUAGUAGAGAGUUGACCUUCGCUAGUGGACAGUACGAUAGUACGAUUAACCUUCGCUAGUGGAGAGUCUUCGCUAGUGGACAGUACGAUUAACCUUCGCUAGUGGAGAGUAAAAGUGACCUUCGCUAGUAGAGAAUCUUCGCUAGUGGAGAGUUCAUUUUUUCUAGUAAAAGCUCACCUAGCUAAAAACUUUUACCUAGGUAUGUAGGGGGGUGCUGACCUUAUAUUUGACCUUUGCUACACACCGAUGCUAUAUUAUAUUAAAGAGCCAUGCAUAGCCUGCUUUGGAAAGCAGGCACAACACUAGCCUAUAGUAGGUUACAGUUGAACAGUAAGUUGAGCUUGUUUGUGUGCUGUUGUUUGUGCCUCUACAUGUUCUAAUACAGUCAUUCCUACAGGCUACAUGUUCUAAUCUGGACUUCAAUCUGGCAAAAGAAAAAUAGUCCACUCAGCACUGAACAGCCCUAGAGUAGAACAUGGAAUUAUUGUAUUAUUAUAAACUAGCUACUACAACAAAUCCUACAUGUACUAGAAACAUCAGCACACAAAUAAGCAACCAUGCAGCUUAAUUGCUUACUGUUUAACUGUAGCCUACUAGGCUAGUGAGUCACUAGGACAUCUAGUGUUGUGCCUGCUGUCCAAAGCGGCUCUUUAAUAUUUAUAGAUAUAGAUAGUGUAGCAAAGGUCAAAUAUAAGGUCAGCACCCCCCUACAUACCUAGGUAAAGGUUUUUAGCUAGAAGGUGAGCUUUUACUAGAAAAAAUAAACUCUCCACUAGCGAAGGUUAAUCCUACUCUCUACUAGCGAAGGUUUAUCCUAGCGAAGGUCACUUUUUUAAUCUCCACUAGCGAAGGUUAAUCGUCUAGCGAAGGUCAAUCGUACUCUCCACUAGCGAAGGUUAAUCGUACUGUCCACUAGCUUCCACUAGCUCGUACUGUCCACUAGCGAAGGUCAUGUCCACUAGCAAAGGUUACUAGCGAAGGUCAACUACUAGCGAAGGUCAACUCCUUACUAGCGAAGGUCAACUACUAGCGAAGGUCAACUCCCUACUAGCGAUGGUCAACUCUCUACUAGCGAAGGUCAAUCGUACUGUCCACUAGCGAAGGUCAAUCAUACUCUUGUGAACUCUCUGGGCCACCGUAGCCACAGGAUGCCUACGCAUUGUAGACUUACUUCGCAAGUCUGGGGAUAAUUAUUAUCAUAGACGAUGGCUUUAAUACCUAGCAUAGUGAAGUCUGAAGACUAAAGGUCUAUCUUUGAGCCUAUCCUCAAGCCGUUAUUAUUGAGCAGUAGUCUAGUCUAGAAACAGUGUAAAAUGACAAUGUUGCAAGGUUGUGAUCUCAUGAGUACUGACAGAGUGACUAAACUAUACUAAUUUGUGUCAGUUUUCACAGGGGCACGAGCACCAAUGUCGAAUUUUCCAAUAGAUUGAAGAUCAAUAGGGUCCUGUUAAUUCCAUAGUCGUGUAAUCCUAUUGUAGUAGUAUUAGAGGUUCUGCUCCUUUUGGAAACUUUCUGGCAUGCAGUAGAACCAGCUCUAUAGUGGAUACGGAAAUAAUACCUGCAGAUAAGCAACAUUGUCUGCUGUAAUUUAAAACACUCGACUGGGUCGAACGUGAGGUCUUGAGAGUGGGAGCAUUGAGAGUGGGAGCACAUUGAGUUUGAUAAGGCGAGUCUUGUAGUCUGUAGUUCUGCUUUCUGCUGUAGUUCUACUGUAAUUAUCUGAGGAUAAAAUUGGUUGCCCUUGCCCUUCUAGUUUGCAUGGAUAGUGUGAUUGUUCCAGGGCAAUCUUCUUCUUCUUAUUAUAAUGACUUAGACUAAAACAUUCCUUCUGAUGACAUGAAGGGAUCUGUCAAUUUUGGCAUGUCAGAAGUAUUGCUGUGAGUUGUCCAGGAUCUGGAAUAGGUUCCUUCUUUGUCCAGGUCCUUUUGACAAGUGAGAUACAGUAGUACUUAGCCUUUCAUGCUUCAUCUUGUAGAGCUAACUUCUACAUACUGUGUUCUGUAGCUUCACACACUCUUUGCCUCUAGUUCCUGGUAAAUACGCUCUAAGUACUGUGUCACAGUGUGUGGGAGGACAGAUAUUGCGGUUUACUCUUGCCCACGCUCAAUUAAAUUUGGCUACAGAUCACAAGGCUUAGCGGGGCAGGCCUUCCUUUUACUUAGUGGCUUCCUUUUCAAUUAUUCCCGUAUGUUGUUAUAAAUAUUGUGACAAACAACAGAAACAAAAUUAUAACUGAAAACCUGCGAAGGAGGCUAAAAGAAGGGACACAAAGACUUGUAAAACGGACUAGACGGUAAGUGUUUUCAACAUUCCAUUAAUUCCGAUAGAAGCUUCAUACAAUAAAAAUUUCUUCUUGCUUUGUGGUUUUUGGCUGUACAAAAUGCACAAAAUAAUACAGCGAUGCGUUGGUGGGAAUGCUAUACCCUAAGGCCACAUGCUGAUGAACGGCCUCAGAAUGGUGCUGGAAGUCAACUGCAAGAUUCUCAUAGAUAAACCGAGGAACCGAGGGAUAGGCAACGCAUCACAUGAUGUAGGUAUGUGACGGGAGGCUUGAUCCCGAUAUCUGUGGGAAAUUCCUGAAUCACGUACAGCCCGAGACUACUGAUAACUACAUUGAUUUGUGUACCUAGGUUUCACAUGUUUAGAACUGCAUGUUUAGAACUGCAUGCACCGUAUAUUCACCCGAAUUACCGGGACACUCUAUUCUAAGGGACACUUCGGACUUACGUAAUUUUUUUUCACAAGGAAAUGUAAAUGUUUUUAGACGUCCCGAUCUAAUUACAGUAGACUCUCGUUAAUCCGGCCACCCUUGGGACUUGGCCGGAAUAGCGAGGUGGUCGUACUUCAGAUAAUUAGACCUUACCUCGAAUCUAAUCACUGAUUUGCAGUUCUGGUCUCGAGGAUAAUGAAAUCAUUCUGCUCUCUAUUUCAUUUUGCUCUCUAUUUAAGUGUAAUCCAAUUUUAUUUACUAAACCACACCCAAAACAUCAUAUCCGGCCGUAUUAUACAUAUAAAAUUACAUUGAAAACAUUAUUUGGGCACUGCCGGUAAACGGAAUAGCGAGUGGCUGUACUUCAGGGUGAGUUUUGUGCAGUAAACAUAGAGAUAGCCAAACCAAAUGGCCGGUAUAUCGAGGUGGCCGUACUUCAGAGAGCGAGAGUCGAGCAUGUUAUGUUACUGACGGUUGAAGACACCACUUUGUACACAGGAAAGAAUUACUACGGGACACCCUGUGUUAGUAGGUCCUACUCUCUUGUAUUAGUAAGGCUAGAUAGUUAGUUUCACACUUUGCAACAACUCAUCAUGAUAUUCACUUUAUCAAUUGCAAUUCUAAACAGAAAAUUGUAAUACUGAGAAUACUGACAAGUGAAAUAACGAUCAGUACCAUAUAGAAGUUCCAUCAGUGCAGGUUCCAACAUAUACCGCCGGCCAAAGAGAGUAUCGGAACUCUCUUCCAGAACUUGCCCGAAUAGUUACUACUUAGCCUCGAUUCAAGGCCAAUUAAAAUACGGCCUAUUGCAGGGAUGAUAGUGCGCAUGCAUUUCAAAUUACCCAGAAUAUGGGUAAUCGUACUACGAACGUAAAACCUUAGUAAAUUACACAGGAAAUUAUAGGCGCCAUUUUGUUCGCAAUGAUUUUACUUCCGGCCUGCUACUUUCCUUUUAUACCGCAAUUGCUUGCAACAAACGCGUACUGGAACUCCAGAUUCUGGAAGAAUCAAUUUCUUCUUUCUUGAGACCACAAAACACUACAAUGAUACCGUAAUAAAUACUUAUAAACGCGACAUUCUCACAAAUACUUUUAUGGUUGUGUUUUCAUCAUAAUUGUAAUGUCACCUGUAACAUGCUUAGUGGCAUCGGAUGGAUCAAUAAAGCCAGUACUUCCCAGGAGCUGUUGUUAGAGGUGUCGUUAGAGGUUAGACUCAGACAAAGAACAGUUCCUACUGGAUAUGCCACACAUAAGGGUAUAUGAAUGCAAUAUUAACUAAUUUACACUAUCACCUCUCAUGUGAUCUCUGUUAUGUUUGUUCUACUUACGUUUGUCAUGUGCUCUUGUGCAAUGUUCUAGAAAUCUCCAUGUCCAUAUCUGUGUCUCCCCAUGGUCUAUUUUUUAGUGUUGGUCUCUGCACCACAUGGAAUCUUAUGAGUAUUAAGUUGAAGAUCUGUGAGCCUAUAGCUAGUAUAGACUAGGUUAGGCUACUGUCUAUCUAAGAGAGAACUCAACAAUGUGGCAGGUAGAAAUGUUGAGAAGCUGAAAUCACAGUUGUUGGCAGCGUUUUGUAAGCCAAGGAAUCCCAUUUGAUACUCACCUUCAUGUGCAUCAGAUUACCGGUUAUGUCAGAGGGAAGAUGAGGGCAAGGUAAUCUUAUACUAAAACGCAAACGCACUACUCUCUUUUUUUCGAAUAUCCUAAGGCAAGGGCGUGUGCCUGGUGUAGGUGGAAAGGUUUUUUGAGGCACUGAAAGACAAAGAAGCUGGGUUAACAUACCCUGCUCUAACAGGGAUUAGAAAGCAGUCAACCCAGGGAAACAUGAUUACAAAGAAGAAGCGGUGGUACACACCUACUCCAUUUUUCAUUUCCGGUUCAUUUCGCAGUUCAACUACGCUUCUGCAGUUCACUUCGCAGUUCACUUUUCAGUUCACUUUGCAGUUCACUUUUCAGUUCACUUUGCAGUUUGCUUCUGCAGUUUAGUUUUUCAGUUCUCUUCUGCAGUUCACUUUUGCAGUUUUCUCUGCAGUUCAGUUCACUUCUGCAGUUCAUCACAAUAAUCACGUGACAUCACAUGUGCUUUAAUAAGAAACACCUGGAAACUAGGUCUAGCUUGCAAGCUAGCUUAAGCGCUUAGCCACAGGGGCGGAUCCAGGGGUGAUUUUGAGGGGCUGAAGCCCCCCCCUUUUGAAAAAACUACCAUGUGUUGUAGUCUGACUCUACAACAAUUUUGCCACCAAUUAUGCAUCUGUAGACUCACUUGAAAUCACUUGAGAGAUGCUAGACAACAGCUACUAGGAGUAUAAAGGAUCUAGGGUAGCUAGCUGGACGUACCUAGCUAGCUAGCUAGCUGUACGUACGUACGUACAUCUGACCAGUACAGUAUCACCAUAGUAUUAAAAGUAAGUGCAGAGGUCAACGUAUUCUACUCAUUAAUAUGAAAGUUCAAAGGUCAAAUCUUGCAAAAAAAUUCGCCUCCGGCGAGGCUGCCCUCUUACGGGGCUUCACCCUUUUCUAGCUAGCCCCCCCUUUUGUUUUUCCUGGAUCCGCCCCUGAGCCAUGAGCUCUAGCCUAGAAUUAGAAGCUAGCUGCCAAGAAAUUGAAGAUUGGGCUAUACAACAGAGCAUUUUGGAUGGGAAGGCAAGACAAACACAUGCGUAAUUAAAUUAAGUAUCACAUUUAUAAUACAUGCAGGAAGUAGAAAAGAUAUUUGGGAAAAAGACAACAUACGAAUGUUGAAGUGAGUGUAUUGAUAUAAAUAUUAUUCAUUUGCUUAAUGUAUUUAGCACUCUGCAGUCGAAAGUGUUAGCAUUUUUUAACAAAUGAACAGCACAAAAGCAUUUCUGAAUGUGCUUCCCCCAGCCCUACCACACAAUUCCACAAGGUAAAGUUAAGGGAUGCUUAGCAAUUGCUACUUUUUUUAUGUAGAGUUUCUCGUUCACAAUGGAUAUUCUGGUACCUGAGCUAGCGGUCAUGUUUAAGUGUAAGAUGGACAAUUAUGAAAAGGUCAUUUUGAAUUAAUUGAUAAUUGUAAUUACAUGAUUUUCUCCUCAGGCUCAAGCCCUGUGUUAUGAAGGCAUGCCAGCAGUGGGUUAUUAAAGUGCACAUGCGCAUUGAGCCACAGAUCCACGUGGAAUAUUAAAGUCUGUUGAGCUAGAGUCGAGUACGAGCUAGAGUCGAGUACGAGUGUACUAUUACAUGAGAGGCUAGCAAUAAAGCUGUAGAUCUAUAAUAACUACUGCAAGUGGAUCUAGUACAUAAUUAGUUAGUGAAACUCUUGAAGCCUUCCCUAGUCCUAAUACUACCCAACCAAGUCUCUCUAACCUGAGAUCUGUAUAUGCUGGGACAAGCAAUGGUAAAUUACAGCAAGGCCUAGUUGACAAGAUCAUUUCCAUAGUAGAUGUAGAUGUAUAUAUCUACUAUGGUACACAUAUUACAUUAAAAUUUAAAGAUGUAAGAGGUCACAGUCUAUGGUUUGUAUAGUCGCUACGUAUAGAGUCAUAUUCGUACAGGUUGAUUUUUGCCAAAUGAAGAUCACUAGAAGAUCACUAGAAUGGGGACAUACAAGCGCUCUGGCUGUUACAUAGGGGUAGCAGUUAAUGAUGGUGACUCAUAUGACAGUGUGCCAGGCUGCUGCAUCAGCAAAUAAUCUAGAACCCCCAGAUGAAGGCUAGACUAUUUCGAUGUAAUGGCAGUUUAAUCCCUCCUGAUGUCACUUUCUCCACCCAAUUUGGAGAAAAAGUGUGGACCUGGAAAUCUUAUCGGGAUCAAGUUUGGUGUUGGCUAUGUUAUGGACGCAGAUACACCCAGUCCCAAAAGGUUGAGGACACAAGAUGAUGUUGUAAUUGGUGGUGAUAAUGUAUCUGUUCUGUACUGUGGUGAAAUUGGAGGUCAAGGGUUGGACACUGAUCACCUUCUAGAUAGACGUCAGGUUUACAAACACAUGCAUUGGAUUCACUGAGCAAUCUUCUCAUGGAAUGGAUUCACCUGUCCCAUUUUUCCCUGAGGAAAAUCAGUACAAGCUAGCCAAAGUGUGUAUAGGGUUAAGAUGUAUACUGAAUGUUGACAGUAAUGGACAAUACACACUUAAUGGAGACUCUGAUUCGGGGCUGUUUUGUGUUGUCCAUUACUCUCCCUGUGAAAGACACCAUACCCCUGUACUGCAUUGUCUCUAAACAUGGCUUGGAUGAUGUAUAUCAGUGGCUUCACGACCAACAAGCCAACACACCUGUUCUUUGGAUCAAUCUCCCUGGUGUAUAUUCAUGUUCAGUAACAAGGGAAAGUCGUGUGUGCAAGUCCAAUGCAAUUUCUGUGGAAUGGAAACAUGUUCAUCAAUCUGAUAGCCCACUCUUAGGAAGUUGUUCAUUAGGAAGAGUAUGCAACUCCAAUAGACUAUACAGGAGGAAUUCUGUCUGACCUACGUCACAUGACCACACAAAAAAACAUACAGCAGCUGUGAGUAGGUUGGACAGAGAGUGGAGUUGCAUACUCUUCCUAAUAAAGUGUAUGUAUGUACAUGCUGUAUGUACAUGCUUAUGAACAGUUUCAAGUACGGACGUCGAUGAGUACGGACGUCGAUGAUGAAGAAACAAGUAUAAGGGAUGAUGAUACCACCAAAUCUCCAAGCAGCGUCAUUGGUGUUUCAAGUAACGAGAGUGAAAGGGGUGAUGAUGAUAACACCAGCAGCUUCAUUGGUGGGUGUAUAGGGUCUAUAGGGUCCAUGGUUUACAGUCACGAUGCACUGAAGAAGGCCUCCAACUCGUUCCCCCCAGAGUCAUUAAUAGGAAAAGGUGGAUUUGGAUCAGUGUAUAAAGGGAACCUAAGAAAAUGCCCAGUUGCCAUCUCUGUAAAAUGUUUACACACACAAUUAAUUAUAUAAGCGUGGCAUUAAGAUGCUUCGUGCCACAACAAAAUGUCAAAUGAGCUCUGAGUAGAUUUCGUCACCCAAACAUACUGCCUUUAAUGGGGUACUGUUUGGAGCCUCGGUGCCUUGUGUUUCCUUUCAUAAUGCGUACGUUGGUUGUGGUGAAGUGCUUAAGAAUGUUUAUGCAUGUCUAUCUUUGUAAAGGUCUAACAUCCUACUUGAUGACAAACUAAAUGCCAAAAUUAGCGACUUUGGUUUCAGUAUUCAGUUGCCACAGUCAGUAAAUAGAACUACGCUGAUUACAGCAACUGAUUUCUUACCUGGCACACAUGGCUACCGGCCUCCAGAAUUCUCUGACUGUAAAUAUAGUGUCAAGAGUGAUGUGUACUCAUUUGGCGUGGUAUGAUUGUCAAUUGUCCACCUGCAUUAUUUAUUCAUUCCAUCUUUUAUCACGACAGGUGAUUCUUGAGACAUUCACUGGCCUCUCAGAUGACAGGGACGCAGCUAACCUGGUGGAUCAUGUGGAGGACGAGUGCCGAGAUGUUACUUAUUUCAAAGCCAUAUCUGACAAGAAGGCAAUGGAGUGUACAGAGGAUGUUUUAAUGGUCUUUUUUCAGACAGUCAAAAUGUGUGUAUCAAGAAUUCCCAAGAAGAGAGCAUCAAUAAACACAGUUUAUGAUCAAUUCCGUGACACUCUUACAAGUAUGACUAAUUCCCCAGCUUAGCCAUUUCAAUGAACAUACCAUACCAUAACUUGAUUCAAUUCAUUUGUACUUAAUUUAUUCGUACUCUAAUUCAUUCGUACUCACUUA